AUGACUGGCUUCUUUUCGCCCUCGUGCACGUACUCCACAGAUCGCUGGGAAAGUGGCUUCUCCGCCGACACGAUCUUCAAACAGCCGCAGACGGUGGAGGAUCGCUUUAUUGGCAUCGCUGACUCCAAGAAAUUCCUUCACGACCCACAUGACACUUGUACGCACGCGGCAGACAGUGGGGCAGAGGCGCGUUACCGCAGGACACUUGCGUCCAAAAUGGGACUUGGUGGAGGCGGCCUCAUGCAGUUUGACAACAAAGAGCAUGCCUCUAAAUUCCCGCGCCUGGAGUUGGAUGGAGGCGGCAGCCACCUGGUUCCCCCAGGCCCUAUGAACCGAGAGGCAAAGACGCCGGAGAAGGGCGGGCGACCGCAACCGUCAAUGCGCAACGCUGACUUCCUGACACAGACAGACGAAGAACCACACGAUGGGUUUCACACGCCACCCUCGACGCCCGUAAAAAACCGCAUCGAUGGCGUUAGGAUACGUUUCCAGUCGUAUCAUGGGACCACAUCAGCCGUUUCUUCACCCAUGCCUGCGUCAACCGCGCACCUUGAUGUCGGGGACGACUGUCGUACCCCGCCAGGGUUGUCGAGGAAGUGUGGCAUGCGCUCUCAGGAGCUUCGAACAUCCGCUGUUGAGGUUAGCCCCAGCAUCGGCAGCCCGUAUAACUGGACUCAGCGUGGCGAUGCUCACUGGACAACGCCUGUCCGCAACAGCGUCGGAGUAGCUUCCCUUGGAUAUGGGCCUAGGGGCAGCGACGCGGUCGGCGCCGUCACGACAAGCCCCAAUCCGGGGCGCAAUGCGAACUUCCAUUCAGCUUCUUCGCCUCAACUGCGUACUCCUGUAAGAAAUGAAAAUCACAUUUUGCAGGCAGAGUCUCCGGGGGGUCAUACAGGCAAUGUUGCAGCUUUACAGGGUGUAAGCCCAGUUUCGCGAAGGAGUGUGUUCUAUUCACAUCAUGUGGCACAGCAUCUAAAACUAAAAAGAUGUUGUCGCGUUCUUGCUGCUGAAGGAUUAUCCUUGUGUGAUUCUCAGGGUCGCCCAACUUUUAGUCCACUAAGCUGGGGUUAUAUGGGUGCUGUCGUUGCGCUGCAACGAAGUGUGUAUCUGUGGCAAGAGUCCGUAGAAGCGUGUCUUCUCUUUGAAACUCCAGCUGGAUCUACCCUUGUAACCGCCGUCACCUCUUCUAGGCGGCCUACUGAGGUGGGUGACCUCUACUUGGCAAUUGGUAUGAGUGAUGGGGCCAUUGUGGUGUUAAAGUACCACGUGGGUGACGGUGUUUCUAUUGGGUGGAGUGGAUCUCAGACUAUGCCGCCUGGUGUCAUGGCGGAAGAAAGAAAUCAGACCUUCUUUAAGGGUUCCAUGUCUCACGUUAGCACCUUGCACGUUGUGGGACAUGUUUUGUACUCGGGCUGCAUGGAUGGGACCUUAACUGUUCGCAACCUCCGCGAUGGAUCUGUCUCUUGGCAUACCUCAACUGAAGUUAUGGAUCGGGGUUUGUUCACCUACAAGUCGUUUCCAGUCGAAUAUUCCGUGACUAUCGGAGCACCCAUAUACAAGGUGGAGGUCGCGCCUGAUGGGGAGCACAUUGCCGUUGGAACAACCGAUAGCCUCUUUGUUUACCAAACGAAUAGUAUGGGUCCAGGAAAUCGGACGAGGUGCCGAGUUGUUUUUUCUGGGGCUUCACAACCUGUUCGUGCCUUCUGCUGGUGGACGCUUCCGUUUAACACUUCAAAUGAUUCUGCGGUGGAGACACACCAUAUUCCCAGCAGUGGCGGCAAGUUUGACUUCCUGCACUCCGUCCUUAUUUACGGCGGUGGAAGCGAUGGAUCUGUUCUCUCUGCUUACUGUGUCGGCAGUCGCUGCCACAAGGCGAUGUAUUGCCUGCCAGCCCCAAUUUUGGCUAUCGUGAGCAGUGACACAUCUGAGGAGAUCAUUGUAUCUGUUGAUGCCUCCGACGUCGAAGUGGGGCAUGUACGCCACGCAGAGGAGAGUGAGGCCGCGCCCGCUACAGACGGCAGCGUGAACAUUAACGUGUAUGAUGCCAAUGACAGCCGCUUGGGAAACUUCAACAGCUGGGGUUUCUCCGACUCCUCCGGUGAAGAAGAAGAAAUUCAUCAUGUCUCAUACGUCGAUCGGCACGACCCCAUCUGGUUUACACAGCAAAGCCAUCACCGCAUCCACGGUAGCCGUGCAGGCGGCAUUGCAUCGGGAAACGCUUCGGUACAGGGGCAUCAUUUGUUUCUUGGUAUGGAGGCGGCAGGGGCACCGCCGGCUUUGCCACACAUGCGCUCUCCACCUUCUGACUCCACAGAAGGGGUGAGUCUGCUGCAACUGUUUCGACUGAAAGAUGGCGGUGCAUCGUUUGAGCGAUUGGGCGGGCUUUGCGGCCUAAACAUUGCGUCGCUCUACAUGGCACUCUCUCCUGACGGUUCGCUGCUUUCCACAGCCGGAAGCGAAUUGAAGUUGCGCAUAUGGCGGGACUGUAAAUCGAGGUCGCCGGAACGCGUCGCCCAAUGUGCAUUUCGCUGA